ACAGUUUGUUUGAUUUAUUUUGGAGGGAUUUCAUCGUGAUGUCACAUUUGGCGUGAAUAUUUUCGAAGGAACAUAUGCGACUCUGAGGUUUGGUCAACAAAAAGGCGUGUGGACAUUUUCCUAUAAAAUGCUGGAAUUUAAGAACCAAAGCGACCUUUGACUGAAAUAGAUACAUUCAGUUAUUGUAAGGUGAGUAAAUAUCUUUUUUUUCGUUUCAGAUGUAGACCCGUUCGAAUUUCCGACAAAGAAAGAAACAGGUUGAAUAUGAUCGCAGUACUGAGUACAGCGUAUGUUAUUCAUCACCUCUGCUUUCUGUUAUGUUUCACAAUGGAACUUCGUUCUAAAUACUAAAGACGAUCAAUACCGAGCUCUUUAAAAAAAAAUGAAUGCAAUAAAUAUCUGGCUUUUCGCUUUCCUACCGACGAGUGACUGAAUCGCCUAAAUUAAAAAGGAAAAAACGCUCAUUUCGAUUCUAACCUGAGGAAAAGCUUGAGUAUACCAAAACAGCCGGAUAUUAAUAAAACAGAUCAGAAAUACUGUCAUGCGCUCUUAACACUCUCUUAAAACAUGAAAUAAGUACUUAAUUUAGGACCGGGCAAAUCCUCCCUUUUUGAUUGAUUCAGUUUUGUUUAUGUUUUGUUAAUGUUCAGCGUUACUCUUUACAGAUUUGUUUCGGUUUGAUCUCCUCCGAACUUAACCUCACUGCGGUUUAAUAACUCCCCAUGACGUCAAGUAAUUAGUAAAUAAAAGAUUUUAUCGAUUGUAUCAUCAGACCCUUGUAAAAAUACACUACAAAUAAGUGUUUGCGUUUAAAGAUCUUAAAAGAUAUAUGUGUCAUUUUGAGUCGUUUUCGCUUACAAGAUAUCUUGAAACAGCAAUUAUCUCCUGUGAAAUAACUACGAGCGAGCGGUAGGCAACUGGAUUUCCAUGCGAAAAAGUCGCCCUGUAUCUCAAACUAAGAGGUAUCUAGUAGAUUUAGUAAGUCCUUCAGAGCGUGAAAUAAAAGGUAGCUCUUUUUCUUUUGUCCUUUUUAUAAGCCAUAAAUUUUGGGAUGUCAUCUGAUGCUGACGUCAUCAGUGUAAUAUAUUCCUUCAAAAUAUUGACUGAUAGUGACGUUUUAACAAUAUCACACUUUUUUUCUUUUUCCAAUUUAAAUCUAUUAUCUUUCUCUUUAUAAUGUCUGUCAGAAAUACCAGAUUUUCGGUAAGGUUGUUUGUCUGGAUUUCUGACACUAGGUUUUCAUCCAGUCAAUGUCUUUUUUUUUUAAAUUUGCAUCAUUCUGUUUGACAAACAAAAAAAAUGGCAAUAAUGAUCAUGAAAAUAACAAUUAUGUUACUUCCUUUCACAAGAGCGAAACAUUUAUCGUCAUUUUCUUUGAUCUUUUGACCCAUUUCUUUUUUGUACGAAUGUUCUAUAAACUGCUCCAUACAUUUCAGUAAGGUACGGACAAGGAGAAUUUGUUUAACAAUCAAAAGCUUCUUUACUUGGUGAUCACUCACUUUACUAUCGUGACCUUGAUGUACGAUUUAGGGAAAUGUGUAUGAUGCUAGUCACUCGUGGGGGUCAUAAACUUUGCCGGCAUAAUUUUAGUGAUUCUAUCAGACUCUAUGCAGCCCAUGUAAGCGAAGACUGAGUUACAUGAAAACUCUAUCUUAUGUUAAAUGAUAUAAGAAUAUUUCAAAUGAUAUUUCUAUUUAUCAUUGAUGUCAUUUUUUAGAAAAAAGACAGGAAAAUGGGUGAACGAAUCACCCUAUCACUGCACAUAAGUGAUGCAAAUGCACAAACACGUGCCUUCCGAAGCCAAUCUUUCAACAACCCUCCAACUUUAUCAACUCAUCGCUCCAGAAGAACGCUAAGCCUCCCAGCGAGAGAAAAACCGGCCAUUCCCCCGCCAAUCUCAGAGACUCCCGAGGACUCCCGACUGGAUGACGAAAUGCAUCCUCCGGAACAACAGCCCAUACAGAGUUACCCAGAAAACUGUCACAACGAGAUGUGUAAGUAAAUUCACUCCAAGACUAGAUGAACUUUGUCGUACCUUCAAAUGUAUUUGAUGCUGAAGAGAAACAUUCAUUAUUUCAAUGCCCAAAAUCAAGCUAAUUUGUAGACGAGGAUCCUGCUAUAUGCUUAACCUAAAAUGUUGACUACCGUGAUUAAACGACUAUCUAUGGAAAUUCGGUUGGGCGACUUAGAUCAUACUUCUUUCGAGAUGUGUUAACACUGAAAUACCGUCACCGUUCAUUUGAUUUCUUGACGACAUUAUACUUAAGAAUUUCCUGUCAGGAUCGAGGCUAACUCUUGUGAUGAGAUUCGAGAUUCCCUGUACAUCCCUUGAGUCUCACAGCCAAUAGGUUCACGACAAAAACUAACCAAUCCGCAGUUUUCAGAGACCAGACCUUAAAACACUCGACUGAUUAACAAAGCUUUUGACAUAACAUGAGCGGCAGUCAUAACUAGCCUUCGCAAUAGAAUCUCUCUUAAUUGAUGCAUGCUGAACUCUUAACAAUGUAAAGAAUUGAAUAGAGUGCCUUUGCUUCCUAGAUAUCAAUACAUUUAUACAAUAUAAAUAAUGUUUAUUGGACAGAAUGAAGUCCAUUUCGGCCUGUAAUCAUCCGAACGAUAGAUUAACCAAAUCGGCCGAUCGCAAAUGGGAAGUUGGAUUUUUAAUCGCGUGUAUCAUUACAGACACAAUUGGAUUACACGAAGUCCUGUUAGCGGUGAAUUAUAACUAUGAAAAUUUGAGGAAAAAAAAAGAAGAAAAACAGCUAUUGGUUAUAAGUUUUCAUAAAAAAACAGCAAUGAACUCUGCAAAUUGUACAACAACACCUGCCCUACAAACUACAAUGAUAUAACACCACAGUAUUACAAACUUAAGAUUUUACAAUACAAUAUAAUACAAUUACAGCACAAGGCCGGCAUAUACAGCACUCACACAUAAAAGAAUGCAAAAAUUCCAGUCCUAAUUCCCUUAAUUGCACACAUAGUUACUAAAAGCUUUAAAAGAGAGAAGUGUGAAAGAGAAGCAAGGCUUUUAAUUCAUGUUCUCGAUUUUAUAUUUGAAAGCUAUUUUAUGGAUAAGGUAAAAGAGCUCAGGUAACGAGCUGUUUUAGAGCUUGCUUUAUAUAUAUCAUUGCGCAAAAAAAAGAAUUGUGCCAUCCAAUUUCCUUGAUAGCAUAGUUGAUACUUCAGUUAGUAAAGUAGCUGAAGUAGCUGCACAUAAGACACGUCCUUUCCAACUCCAUGAGCAUGACGCGUAAACACUUUGAAAUUCUAUUUAUUACAAGAUCGCUUUCAAAUUACGUGCAUGAUGCCUAAACUAUCCUAUUGAUGCUCCAACAUGGCUGGUGGUAACCAAUCACGUUCGAGAAUUUGCUUUAGUUUCACUAGGCUACAUUAUUAACUCGUGGACUGCUUUUUCCUCUUCUUACAGAUUGGUUUACACCAAUAGCGGGACUCUUGAUUAGCCUUUUGUUAUACGUAUGGGCAUGCCUCCUGUCCUUAUCAGCUGAUGACAAGAAUACCAUUUUCUGUAUCUCCCGCUCAUGAAGACAAGUUACGAUUCAGUUUAUCAUUAAAUAACAUAUCCUUUGCAGUCUACGCUAAAAGCAUAUUCAAAAUUUAAACUAUUACUAUGACUAUUAGUUCGCUGUUUCUUGUUCUUCGUUACUGGUGUAAGCAAUUUUGUUGGCAUAGGCAAUUGCAUUUCCUGAAAACAUGACCCCUUAAUACUGUUUGAAAUAGCUUUCUAGGUGGAUCAGAUUAUCAAAACCGAAAAUAUUAGAUGUUAAGAAACAAGAAAGAUUUGUAAAGUAGAAGACUGACAUGUCUCAAUUACAGACUUAAGACAAAAUAAUUUCCAUCAGGCAAAACAAUGAAAUAGCCGUCCAGACAUCUCUUUGCCCGACAGGAUAAGUAGUUAUAGGAUAAUUGGCGACAUCAACAGUUCGAUAAAUUUGGUAGUACUGUUUUUGUCUCGAUUAAGGGCCUGUCAAAUCAACUGCGGGUCCACUUUGAUGUACUAUGGGCAUAGAACUUGACAACAACCUGAAAUAAAUUAUAUCUGGA